GUCUGAUACGUAAGCCGGCCCGGCGGGAGAAGGCGAAUCCUGCCCCCUGAGGUCGGCUCGCUGCCGAGAGGAGGCGCCUCUGAUCUCGAUGGCGGCCGAGGGCGGUAGCUGCAGCAUGGAGGGGAAAGAGCCCGAGACCGCGGUCACAUACUACCGGCUCGAGGAGGUGGCGAAGCGCAACUCGGAGAAUGACGUGUGGAUAGUGAUCCACGGGCGAGUGUACGACAUCACCCGCUUCCUCAGCGAGCACCCGGGUGGAGAAGAGGUUCUGAUUGAACAAGCUGGUCGGGAUGCGACCGAAAGCUUUGAAGACGUGGGACACUCUUCUGAUGCCAAGGAGAUGCUUAAACAGUACUACGUUGGGGAACUCCAUCCUAGUGACCGUAAAGGUGACGGAUCUGAGAAUUCAAGUUCAAUGUACAAAAGCUGCUGGGCAAGUUGGAUUAUCCCUGUUGUGGGUGCUGUCCUCUUAGCUGUCAUGUAUCGUUUUUACAUGGCAGAGAGCAAGCUGUCCUGAGCCAGCCUCUUUGGGACCUGGAAAGUGAACACACUAAGAGAGAGAGAGAAAAUAUGCAGUCCUGCUCGGGUAGGAUUGCUGGAUUCCCCACUCUUUUAAUCCUGCCAAUUUUAUUGCCACUCUUCUAAGUCAAAAUGGGCAUGCCAACCAUCCACCUCUGAACUGGGCCAGUGUGCCUCCUCCUACAGUCGUAAUGCCUUACUUACCCCAGAGGCAUCAUCAUCCUUGAGCAUUCCAUGCUCUAGCUCGUCUUUGCUUCCUGAAGAUUUUGUGAAUAACUCUUCAUUCCACAAUUUUCUGUCAACCAGUUCAGGGAAGUGGAGAAAUCAUUUGAAUGUGAAUAUGUGAAACAAUUCUGUGCUUUUACAAAAAAAAAAAAUAUUGUCCAUUUACAGUGUCUUUCAAUAAAAAUGUCUGCCUCUGGCACGUUGAGCUUAGAGUGGGCAUUCUCAAAAGAUGGGCAGCAGAAUGCCUGGUUUUGAGGAUGAGAGAAUGUUUAUUCUUUUUUCUCUAUAUAUUGGCACCUACUUUUGAACAAAUACCAAUUUUAAAAAAUUACAAUUUAACUUAAUUCCAUUAAUUUUAUUAUUUCUGCAUUAUUUAUCUUCAACAGAAGUACUAAGCUACUAUUUAUUACCUAGAAUACAGUUUUCUGAAUUGUCAUUUUUGAGGAUGAUGAUGUAAUCCUCAUUUCCCCACAAGAGUAGCACUUAGCCUCCGUGGUCCCAAUUUCUUCUUUUAAGGUGGUGUUUGAAAUAAGCUAGUCUCUUCUUUGGUGGAUGAGUGGAGUCACUUAGGCUCUGAUGAAUUCAUAGGGGCCUUGAGGGAGAGCUGGGUACGGAGGUGGGAAGGAGUGACAGUGGAUUUGGAUGAGAAGUUUCUGAGGUACUUCUCUGGGCAAGUGGUUUGAGGAAAUGGUGACCAUUCCUGUAGCUUGAUACUUAUUUUUUUUUUUUGGUCUAUUAAAAAACAGUAGCCUAUCUAAGUUCAGAGUAAGCCUGGCGAUCUUUCGCAGGGUAUUUGUUUAAUUCAGUGGAUUUUGGAGAGAUCCUGAUUACUUAAGAGACUGUGACUCCAAAUGCAUCCAUGACAUUCAAGAUGGGAAAAUAGUUGGUACAAUACUAUGGCAUUUGUGGGUGGAUUAAAUAAGAAGAGAAAAUGUCUGAGUUUGUGCCUCUCUCUUUCACCUCUGUGGCUCCCAGAUGUCUGUCACUACUCCUGUUGGGGUGUACUAGAAUAAAAGAGACAUCCUGUGUUUUUCUUGGCAUGGGUAUUUUUACCUAUUGCUCGCUUGAAGUACUUCCUAGGAGCAGACUGUCCCACACCCUAGACUUUCUCCUUCCCCCCCCGUACGCACCUGUGUACACACUACACUGACUGGAUGGUUCCCACCCAUCCUUUGAGAAUCCCCUAACUAUCCCUCACCAUAGUUAAAGGCCCAGUGCCUCACACAGCAGAGAAGCACCACCAGCUCUGCCCAUUUCCUCCUCCCCCUUUCUUCGCUCUGCCAGGGACCCGACGAGACAGGAAACUCCUCAGCAGACCUGUGUCUGCCCAUGCAAACUGUUUAAGAAAAAAUUCAACCAAGGUCUUGUAUCCUCUGAUUUAGCAGAUGAGUGAAUACAGAAUUCAUCAGAUAGUAUUUAUAAACUUUUACAUGCACACAUGGUCACUGCAUGCUGGAUUUGUGGGAUAUGUAUGAUGCAGCCUUUCUUUUGGAAAAUGUGUUGGCAUCUAUCACAAACCCCCUACUUGAAGAUGUGAGCUAUAUGGUUGAGAACAUCUUUUAAUUGCUCUCUGUAAAGGAACAUUAGCCGUUGAUUACUCUAAAUUGUGUAGGAUGAGAAUGCCUUGAGUAAAGGGAUUGGCAACAAUUAACGAGGGUAAAUUGGUUUAUCUGGAAAUGUAGGGGGGUGGGUGAGGGCUUCCGGUGGGGGGUGGGGUGGAGUGAGAAGACGAAGCUGGGUUGGAGAAGGAAACAUUCAAAGUAAAAUGAAGCCAGACCAUAACCCAGAUACGUUAGAGAAGUACAUUGGCAAUACUCAAGGUGAGUGCAAACCAGCCAAGUUAUAAGGAAUUUUGUAAAACUAUCCUCAUAUAAAAUGGCGUUUUGAUAUUUUAGGGUAACACAAUAAUGUGUUUUUCUAUUUUGUGCUGGACAUCCUUUCCUGUUUACAUCUGGAAUUGUUCUUGCCCCAAGCCAGAUGAAAAUUCUUUGGUCUAGUCCCUACCACACAUAAAACCCACCCAAACUUUGAGUUCCUUUUUGGACUCAGACUGCUCAUAUGAUGUCCUUAGUUGUAUUAUUAAGAUUGUUCUUGUGUAUAUUUGUUACCAUAUUAUAUUGGAAACCUGUUACAGGUAUCUCUCUGUCUGGAGAGCCCAUAACACUGGUUGCACACUAGCAUCUUUCUGAUGGAUUUGAGCCACAAGAUGACCCACUUAACUCCAUUUCUGCUGGUAUUAAAAGCCAGAAUACUCAUCAAUUUCAGCAUCAUUGGAUAGAUAGCAAAAGCUGGUCUACGGUAUCUGUGGAAUAACUCCCCUUUGGCUCCCAGUGCUCAUUGGCACUGGCCUCAGGGGUAUUUUCUUGUUUAUUCUGGAGGAAAAUUAGCUCUCAUGCACUAGCUACACUGAGUCAGAAGCAUAAUGUCUAGGGAAUAAAUCUAGGAAAGAGGCAGGGUGGGGGAAGCUAGUGCCACCAAGAAUACACACUGUCGGCUGAGCCAGUUGGCGAGUCUUUGCGCCAACUCCCUAGAAUUCCCUCAUCCUACCCCUGGAGGAAUUAGUUUCAGUGACUUCUCUACUUGUCAAGAGAAGGAGGUGGUAGAAACAAAGUUAGUAUUGUGUUUCUCAGGGGAAUAGCUUCACCAGAAGCAAAAUCCAUUGGAACCUAUAAUUUCAACCUCUGGAGUUGGUUCCUUUGGCAGAAGUCAGAGAAGUAAGUAUUGUGAAAUAAGAGUAUUGUUGAGUUUCUGUUCACUUGCAAAUAUUCCUAUUCCGUUGUGGGGUAAUGAAAAAUAUUUUACAGGCCAAGUAUGUCAUCACAGCACCUCAUGCUUAAAAUCUGAGGUGAUGCCUAUCUAGUCUAAAUUCCAUUUUAGGAGAUGGAGAUGACACAGGCAGAAAAUUAAUAGCUGCUCCUACUCUCCUAGGGCAAGAGGUAGUCAAUCCUGACUUGUCCCAACAAGAAUUUGAGUUGUCGAACUGUCUUCCUCUGUAGUUGCCCAGCAUGACAAAACCAUUGGAGAGUUUUGGCUGUCUUAACUCCACAAGAGCUAGGGUUGGAAUGUGCGGGGGUGAUGCAGCAUAGAAAUGUUUCUCCAGUUACCUGCUGUGUUCUGGGUUUGGCACCCUAUUCCUUCCUUAACUAGCAACUUUGUUUUCAGCACACGUCUUAAAUUUGCCCAAUUGGGGAAAAGCACUAGUAUAAUUUAAGUUGCCUUUCUUUGUAUCAUACAUACCUGACUGACAAUAAAUGUGUGAUAUUAGCAUCCCUCUUGUGUAUUCAGUAACGGAGUAUGUUCACCUUUUUAAUUUCAGAAUAUUUUACACAAAGAUCUUUGUCUAUUUCUGAUGGGAUGUACAGACAGUGAAUGUUUGUUAGAGUGGACACAAAAUAAAGAUACUGUUUUCUUUUUCUUGA